AUGUCACUGCAGGCUCAUCGUCCUCGUGUUAUCGUCAACGGAAUAAGACGAAUGAGAACCUUCCGUUACUUUUGGUGCCAACAUUGCCAACGUACUAUAAGGAUUGCGUCUUCCAACCCAUAUGCAAUUCUAUGCCCAUUUUGCUCAACUGAGUUCAAUCAUGAGCUUGAUAUACUAAGCCCUAGGCUUGUCAAUGAUCACCUUACACCGUCCCCAGCUGCCCAGUUAUUGCAAACCUUGUCGCUCAUCCUCGAUCCAAUGCACCAAAGAGCUCGAGAGCAAACAGAAAACGAAGAUCAUGGACGGUCUUGGAUCACCCUCCAAUUUGAUAGACCACCUCGCUCGUCGCCGAGACAAAUUGUUCCCCCUCUGGUUCCUCUAGCAAAUAAUAGCGAAGAUAUGGUAAAUGAUGUCACUGGGGGCACCUGGACAGUUGAAAAUGACCGCCCAGGUCCCCCUCCAGCACCUGCUUCAGCCAUUCGAGCUUUGCCCUUGGUGAAAGUCACGGAAGGGCAGGUGAUGAACGAUCCCACUUGCCCCGUGUGCAAGGAAGUGUUUGCGGUUGGUGGGGAAGUGAGGGAGAUGCCAUGCAAGCAUCUCUACCAUUCUGAUUGCAUACUCCCAUGGCUUCACAUACACAAUACUUGUCCAGUUUGCCGCUAUGAGCUGCAAGAAGAAGGCACUUCUUGUGACAACAAUAACAAUGAGUUCGAGGAUUAUAGUGAUGAAAAUAAUCUCGUAGAAAACAUAAAUUGGUGGUGGAAUCAAUUCCUAUGCUUGUGGCCAUUUCGCGCAUUGGUUAAUUGGUGGCAACGUUACCUUGAUAACCAACAAGAUCGUGAUCUUUUGCAGACAGAACCUGGUGGACCUCUUGGAUCUUUCUAUAGCCAGCUUAGAGGUAAAAACAUAUUGCACAAACUUGUGAAUAUUACUUGCUUUUCAAGCACUCAAUGUAAAGAAGAUAUUAAAGUUCAACAGUUUCUUUUUAGGACAAAUUCUGCACUUUGA